UUGUUCAUGUGGCUCCACAGACAGGAGAGGAGGGAGGGAAGGAGGAAUAGCGAUAGUGAGAGAGUGAAAGACCGCCAGGCGCACGAUCCGUGAUGAGGAAGUGUAAUUGAACCUGCCACAUAGAAGGAGCGAAGCAGCUCGGCUGUGUAGGUCCUGGAGAGAGCGUCACCUAUCAAACGCACGGACUGGUGACAGCAACGUAUUUACCGGGAUGUCAUGGGAAUAAAAUCAGCAUGUGCCUUAUUGCCAUCGAGCUAGUGCCACCUCAACGCUGAGGUGUGUGGAGAGAAGGAGAAAGGAGGAGGAGGAGGAGGGGUAGACAGUCUGGCAGACAGGUGCGACUCCACAGCCUGCUUCUUUUUCGCUCAGCGCUAUUAAGUAAUAGAGCCAUGGAUACACGCAAGGAAAACAAGGCAAGGAAACAGCCAAUGAAACCCAAGUCGUCCACGCGAAAAGAGAAGAAAUACAAAUCUGGGAGGUUUAUUAGGAGGAAAUCCCUGCGAUCUUUUGGGAAUUUCAUGGGAAGGAUCCUUAAAACUUUGGGCACUUUGGUGCCCUUUGGCGACGUUGAACCGCCGGACGCAGAGGACGACGACGGUGGUUUCGGGCAGAGCGCUUCGGGAGGUUUCAAAGACGACUCUUCGCAGAUUUCCAGAGAAGGACCCGUGAAAAAGAGUUCAACUGUUAGCUCUUCGUACGGUUCGGUGAAAGAAAGACUGUCGUGGUGCUAUGGCGACAAGACCCCCGGGGUGCUGGGGCUUAAGAACCACGGCAACACCUGCUUCAUGAACGCCGUGGUUCAGUGCCUCAGCAACACGGACCUGCUGGCCGAGUACCUCGGGCUGGAGCAGUACAAGUCGGAUGUGUGUCACGGGAGGGUGAACGGGGAGAUGAGAGGAGAGGGGCUGCAGACAGCCAGGGGAGAGGUGACGGAGCAGCUGGCCUCGCUGGUACGCGCGCUGUGGACGUUGGAGUACACACCGCAGCUGUCUGUGGACUUCAAGAGCAUAGUGGCCAAAUACGGCUCUCAGUUUCGGGGAAACUCCCAGCACGAUGCCCUCGAGUUCCUCCUCUGGCUUUUGGACAGAAUUCAUGAAGAUGCCAAUCCCAGCCACAACAGUAACAGCAACAGUAGCAGCAGCAACAGCAAGACCAAAGCCAACACCAAGGGACCCGGGUCAUUGGAGGAUCCCUCCAGUCCCAGUUCAGCGAGCACACAGCAGCCUCGAGGUCGACACAGUUUUGUCCAAGAGCAUUUCCAGGCUCAGUACAGGUCUUCUCUGACAUGCCCUCAUUGCCUUAAGCAGAGCAACACCUUCGACCCGUUUCUAUGUAUCUCGCUCCCAAUCCCCCUGCGACAAACCAGGCCGAUGUGUGUGACGCUGGUGUUCAGUGUGAAGGGUCAGAGGUAUCUGCGGGUGGGGCUGGCUGUACCUCUCUUUGGUUCCCUGUCCUGCCUGAGAGCCAUGGUGGCGGAGGAGGGCAACAUCUCCCCAGACCAGGUCAUCCUGUCGGAGCUGUACUCCACGGGUUUCCAGCGUUCCUUCUCAGAUGACGACGACCUGACAGCAAUUGCUGAUAGUGAUGUCAUCUACGCCUUCCAGGCUCCUCCCCUCUACAGUCGUGGAGGCUCUGCACCACACUCAGGGUAUCGCCACAGCCUCCCCUCCUCUCCUUACUCCUCCGUGGCUGGACCUAAUGGUCAGAGGUUACCUCCAUCUGGCACGCUCUCCUCUGAAUACCUGAACCAGGGUGGCUCUACAAAGGUCCUCCUCCUCAUGUGUAACACGGCAGGAUCUGGACAGCAAGCUGUCAGGUUUGGACCUCCAUUUCUCAUGCGUGAGGACAGGAGCAUCUCCUGGGACCAGCUGCAGCAGAGCAUCCUCAGCAAACACUAUUAUCUGAUGCUGAACGGAUCUCAGGCUCAGAACGCUGGGAUGCUAUUCAAGAUCAGAGUAGUGGGAGGUUCGGCUGCAUACAGUUACCUGUCUCCGCAGGACAACAGACCACUCUACCACCCAGCGGUUGACAGAGCUCUGAAGCUCUGUGGCCAUGGGGGACCUCCACAUGUGAAGCUCGUCAUCGAGUGGGAGCCCAAGACUAAAGAAUGUCUGUUCGGCAGCAUCCAGGAGGAGGUGGUGAAGGAUGCAGAGAGUGUGAGGAACCAGCAGCAGAACCACUUGCAGCAACACAGCUGCACUUUGGACGAGUGCUUUCAGCUGUAUACCAAAGAAGAACAGCUUGCCCCGGACGAUGCCUGGAAGUGUCCCCACUGUAAGCAGCUUCAGCAGGGCAUGGUGAAGAUGAGCCUGUGGACUCUUCCUGACAUACUCAUCCUCCAUCUCAAGCGUUUCCGACAGGUUGGUGAGCGGAGGAACAAGCUGUCAACUGUGGUGCGUUUCCCCCUGACUGGAUUGGACAUGGCGCCCCAUGUCGUGAAAAGGAGUCAGAGUAUGAGGAACCUGAACCCGGGGCCCUGGCCCCCUUCUUGGAAGCAGCCCUCAGGCCAGCACCACCAACCUGCUGACAUGACCCUACCCCACGAUUACCAGUAUGACCUUUAUGCUGUGUGUAACCAUCAUGGGGGAAUGCAUGGAGGACAUUACACUGCUUACUGUAGGAACUCAGUGGAUGGCCAGUGGUACAGCUACGAUGACAGCAGCGUAGACUUGGUGCCAGAGGACGAAGUGUGUACCAGAGGAGCCUACAUCCUUUUCUACCAGAGACGCAAUGCCAUUCCUCUAUGGUCUGCCAGUAGCUCUGUCAGAGGCUCCACGAGUUCAUCGAUGUCAGACCACUGGCUAAUCCGCCUGACAGGGGACAGUAAGAGAGGCAGCCUGGUGUCUCGAUUCUCUACCACCUGUCCAUCUUCUGUACCCGACUCUCCAGAGUCUCCCGUCUUCCUUGAAAAUGGUUCUAAAGAAGAAAGAGGGGGUUUUGACAGCAAACCAUUUGUAAGGGGUCUUCAGGGACGCAGUGUGAGCAUGAGAACCCCAAGCAAGACCAAGGACACCCUGAGCAAAGUGUUUCCUAUACGCUGGUCUUUGGGCUCCAAGGACAGACGCAAACCUGACCCAGGUCCUCCAUCGGUCCAAGAUCCUGCCCCUGUGGAGCUGGUUCAGUACCUGGAAUCUGGGCGGCGACCCCGGUGCACAAAGGACCCAAUAGUAUCAUUGAUGAGCGAACCACGCAGCACAAGGGAAUCUGCCGAGGGCCAGGCCGCAGCCAAUGUCCGAUCAUCUUCCAGUGCUGGGAGCCUAAGUUGUUUGGGUAAAGCAGCAGGUAAGCUGCCGUUAGAGUCUCCACAGUUCCCGGAGGGCCAGAGGAGGCCAUCAGAUAAGACAGCCAUCCUGAGACACAGCAAAGGAAGCGAGACAAGAGAUGAGAAGCCCUCAAAUAUCAUCAGCAGCUCUAGCAGUAACACCCUCACCAGGAGGAAGGAUCCCAGGAAGCAGAGUUCCUCCAAAGCUUCCCAGGAUAGUGAGACAAAAAGAUCUGGAGUCCAGCCUAGCUACAGCACACCAAGUCUGCAAGACGGGACCCUGAGGAGACAAAAAGGGGACAGGGCAGAUAGGGAACACCAUGGUGCAUAUGAAGGAAACUCUAAGACCAGGAAAGGAGAAGUGCCCAAGAACAAUGAGGGACUGUUCUCCUUCUUCUUAAUGGGCAACUUCCUAAAAAAGGAUAAAGACUCAAGGAGGUCCAAGGAUGGUGAGUCACUGACAGGAAGAGAUGAGGAAGGAGGCAGAAGGACCCUCUCUAGACUUUCAUUACCCAACGGAGCAGCAGGAGGCAGAACUGGGGUGGAAGGAGGCAAGUCUAACGGCUCGAGUCAGCUGGGUGAUGAGCUGCCAAAUGGAAAAGUGGGACGAAGCCCAACUGACAUCAAACGCUCCCAGAGCUCCUUCAACAUCCCCACCAAGACAGAGCAGAGCAUGCGUAGGACAGCAUCUCUGCAUCGUAAUGGGAUGUCCACAGCCCCUGUACCGUCACGUAGCCUGAUAACAGACAAACUGUCUUAUGGGGCCCUUCAGAAGACUCGUUACAGCACAACUUCACUGGGCCGCAGAAGGCCAGUCCCUGAAUCGAGCUUCUGACUCAUUUAUAUUUAAUACACACACACACACACACACACACACACACACACACACACACACACACUCAGAGCCUUUUGCCUGAUAUAAAGUGAACAAAUGAGAUCAAAGCAAUAGAGCUCAGUUCACGGUGGUGCACCUUUUUUGUUCCCAGAAGAUGAAAUGGCUGCACCGUGGAGCUGAGACACUGCGGUUAAAUGAAGAAUCUUUUUCAUGCUGGAAUAUAAAGAAAUGAUGUGACCUGUUCCUUCAGUGAUUCAGAGCCAAGUUCAUCUCUUUUAUGUUUUUUAUGACUUAAAACAAGUGCCUGAGAAACUAAUAUGCAGUUUAGACCAAUGAGUUUAUGUCUGUUUAGCACUGGAAGCACAGAAUCCCUAACACACACUCAUACAAGCAUAAUAUCUUCAUCUGUCUUUUAUUACUGUAAUGUGUGUUGUGGAAUUGAUCACUCCAUUUUAAAUUCCUAAUGUCGUUUGCUUACAAUCAAGACACUGAUUAUGUUCAAUUCUUAGAAUAUAAUAUGUCUUCAUGUUUAGCAGUGAUGCUUUAAGGCCUCAGAUUCUAAUUAGCAUCAAUCAUUCAUCUUUCAUCCUUUUUAAAAUAUUUAUGUAAAGGGGGGGGGGGGGUCAAAACACAAAGCCAUCUUCUCAUAAAACACUGAUUUGUCCCCAUGUGUUUCACACAACAGUUGUUGUUGUUGUUCAUUCUACUUUAACCCUGCUGUGGAAAGACCAGGACCUCUAAAUGUAAUAAUUAAGGAGCGGUACUCUGUGCAAUCACUGACCUGGAAUUCUUAAUUAUUAUUUCUCUAUAAUUCUUAUUAUUUGAAUCUUUUCAAUACAGUCUAUGAUCCCCUGUAGGAUCAGUAGCACUUUAUAGCUGAACCUGAGUGACCUCUCAGAAGCAGAAGGAAUUUUAAAAUGUUUGUCUACUUUUAAAGUUUAAUAUUAAUGCAAUAUCCACACUUAGAAACACUUUGGGGUUUUUUUCCACUGUAACAUUUUGGUGUAACUGCUAUAUUUUUCCGAUUGUAUGAUUCUGUGACAGUCUCAUUUAGAUGCGGGUUAUAUGAAGGUGGUGACUGCAAUCAGCAGACCAAGAAAACGCUGGUUUUCUCCCAACUCAAAACAAGAAGGUGGUUGCAACACCUGCUGCUGAAUUGAAUCUGUGAUUAGUGGGAAAACUUUCCCCCCUUCCACGAUAUUUUAAGCCAAGUUUUAUUAAAUGUGCAGCUCCAGAAAAUUCGCAUUUGCUCAUGUUGACUUCUGCAGUGAGGUUUCACUCUAGAAGAGCUACAAAUAUUGCAGCUCAACACUGACUACAUAUAGUAUGACCAAUUAGGGAUGGAAAUACUCCACAAAACACCAAAAUUGGUGCAACAAUGGAAGUUGGUGUGGUAGGGAGAGGUUUUUCCUUUAAUCAUUCCUUUUCUGAACUACCUGAAAUUUAAAAUGCCUAUAUUAAAACAUAUCAAACAAAGACAGUGAAAUUCAAUACACAGUGAAAUGGUUUCCUUUUUAUGUGUGUAUUUACUGUGAGCUAACACUAAUUAAUUGGUGUGUUGGCCCACAGGAGAUAUUUUAAUGUGAAAGGCUGACAUCUUGGCUCCCAUCAGCUCAUCUGCUUUUGGCUGCUGUGCAGCUUCAACCACAACCACUGGGAGUAAAGCACCCUCAAAGGUCACCUACUUGAAUGAAGGAAGAAAGCAGAGAAUUCACUACAUUUUCCUGGCCUAGAUAUUCCCAGCCACUCUUUUCAUUCAAAUCUGUGACUUCCUAGUCACAAGUCAGCUUCAAAUUCUGAGCUGGAUGUGAUGUGUAGACACUGUAUGUGCACAGGCAUUUCUUAUGAUGCCUGCUCAGACAUGUAUGGCCCAAAAUAUUGUUUUUCUUAGUCCAACUGAGUCUGAGUGGAAGGUUGCAUCAACUCAUGUUAGAGGCUGAAGUAGAAAGCUAAGAAGUAGCCCCACAUGAGGUUGAUUACCAACUCUGAAAAGCUAGACAAACACAUCUAGAGUAAAAAGUAUCACUGUAUGUAUUUGAAAAGUUUAAAGCAAGAUGUGCUGCUUCACACACCUAAUACUAGACAAAAUGUUGAGCUAAACACAUCACAGUUAACUUAUUUUAUUUAGCCUGUAAGGCUCAAAAGCAAACUUAUGAUGGAAGCCAGUUUCCUAUGCAAAUCAUAAGUGUGGAGCUCAUUGCGUUGGUCUUUUAUUUAAAUGUUGAACUUUGGAAUUAAUAUCCUCAUGUUUCUGCCAAGGACACAAGAUGCUGGAACGAUGACAGAGCACUUCAGUUUUAUAUUUAUGACGUGAGGGUUUGUGUCGCCCAGUGCUCGUUAGUAUGCGUUUUGAAUAGAUUUUCCUUUCUCUGCUUCAGUUUUCCCAGUCUGUACUGUCUCAUUAGUUGUGUUUACUUGCCAGUUAUGGGGAACUUAAUGACAUAUUUCCCAAAAGGUAACAAGAGGCCAGAAUUUUUAAUUCCCCCACUCAGAGUUUGAAUUUCCUUUCAACAGCACUCAUUUUCUUAAAAAUGUGCCUCUUGUGGAUGGCAUCACUAUUUAACGUAGCUGUCCACUUCAAAUCACUCUGCAGAGGAGGAUGAACGACUGAUUUCUAAUGUCCAAAACCAAAAAAUCAAGAUAAUAAGUAAUAACCCUACUGCAGGCAUAAGUCAUAGUUGUGGUUACUGGUACAGUUGUACUUUCUAAAUCUGAUUUUUUUAAAAGCACAAGGCCCCUCAGAUUGACUUCCUUUUUCAGAACCUUCCUAUUUCUAAAACAAAUAAGUACAAAAUAUUAGUGCAAGUGGCAGUUCAGCUAGUAAACCAAUGUGUUGAGUGAUGUACCUGUCUGGACUAGAUGACUCACACACAACCCUUGCAAGAAAACACACUUCAUUUAUUUUUACCACCACUUUAAGAAAGCUGUACUUUCUGUGAGGCAGUUUUAGGUGACUAAGCAAUAGUAGGUAAAGUGCCCCUUUGCACAGGUUUUAAUGCUGAAGUCCUGUUAAUAAUUGUUGCUCUUUGAGUUAAUGCAAAUAGAAGAUUGAAGAAGUCAUGCACUGCAGCUUUUUCUCCAAAUAAAAACCCUAUGCAUCAGUAGACUUGUAAUUAGUUUUCACCUUGAAAUGUCAAGUACUGAUGGUGCCAUUGUUUUGUUUGCACCUGCUAUUUUUCUGUUCUCAGUGAUGUUUAUUGAACCUUACAAAUGGGUUUGUUGAAGACAGAAGAAGCAAAUUAUACAAAAAAAUCAUAAUUACAUAACAACUACAACCCCAAAUCAGAAAU